AAAGCGUCUGCUUGAUGCGAGAUACCGGAAAGUUUUAAUGUAUUUGUUGUGCAAGCAGUGAAGAAGAUGGCAGGCGUAAAGACACACACAUUCUUUGUGGAUAUGACCUGUGGGGGUUGUUCCGGUGCAGCCAUCAGGGUGCUGACAAAAGACAACUUAGUGGAUAAAGGCAACAUCGAAAUUGACCUGGAUAAGAAGACAGUUGUGGUUAAGUCUGAACUUGAAGCCAAGGAGCUGGAAGAUGUUCUCAAAAAGACUGGGAAAGACGUGAAAUUCAUUAGUACAGCGUAACUUAUAAAAAUUUUGGAAGAUGUAUAUAUCCAGUAAAUAUCACCGAACAAACAACCUAUAACUGAGGACAUCGUGUCUUAGUAUACAGCCAUUUUGGACAAGACAUUGUAGGGGUUCAGCUUAUUAGUUGGUUAUGGCUAUAUUUAGAACUUUUUAAUCUUUCUGUAUUGCAUAUCAUUUGAGGUAACUCCCAGGUGCCAUUUUUAUAUUGGACCAUUUUGAUGUCAAGUUCCUAAAAUGUUACCCCAUCUUUUAUUAUUGUUAUCAAUUGAAUUGUAUCAGACUGAUGUACGUAAUGUACUAAUGUUUGCGUUUCUGUUCAUGGAAUAAUUUAGUCUUUCCUUCAUUGAUACAGUCAAACAGUUAGAAAAUGCUUUGUCCGUUAUACUAGUCAGCAGGAAGGAACUAUAUUAGACAAUGGGGAAGGGAGGGACGGAAACCUUGUACAGCAUAUUAACACAACAGGGAAGGGAGUACCCAAAAUCUUACCCAGUAUACUAGACAACAGGGAAGGGAGUACCCCAAAUGUUAUCCA